AUCUCAGCCCCUAAUGUCACACCCUUGUCAUGCCAGCUAGCUUGAGUGGCACGUGUCGUCGCGGUAGCUGGUCUUUGGGACGCCGAACGAUUCCUCAUUUCUUCUGCACCACCUGCUUGACAACCUGACACAAUAGCUUCCUUUCUUACAGUGGAAAUCGAGCCACGAAAAAUUCAGCUUUAUAAGUUUUUGUUUGCAUUGGUUCGCAAUAAUGCGUGGAGACGAGGAUGUGGUUGAGCAUGCCGCCUCAAUCAGAAGUCCAAAUGAGCUUAUAUACCAUGGGAAAGAGGUCGAAGUCCCUUCCAAGCUCGCACCUCGCAGACGACAAUUUCACGUCGACGACAAUCAAUCAGUGGGGACUAUCUCGACUUCAUAUUCCAAGGCCCAUUCUACCUUCUCAGCCCCUAACUUUGACUUCCACAUGCAUUCUCCAUCGGCAACGACCCCAACCACAUCCCGACAUCAAAGCCCCACGCGGUUGACCUCUGCACCGAGUCUGGCCAUGGAGCUUGGUCUUGUUGGUAUCGGCGAACAUGUCAAGGCAUUGCCCUCAGGCAAGUUUACUGCAGAUUUGCCGAUUCUUUCUCGAGAUCCCCACCUACCAGAAUCCCAACUCUUCCGGGACGGAGUUAGUACCCCGACUGGUGCCAACACCGCGGCUGAGACACCGAUUAGCCUUCAAGAGUCUGAUUCUGAUUCUGAUUACUGUCGCUCUGAUCUUGAUCUAGAGAGAGCCGCCAAUAUUGCUUUGUCCCGUUGUUUUGGGGUGCGUCUCAACCGGCUCAGUCGUCCCGUUCGUGUCGUUCAGGCGUUCUCCAAAUUCAAAGAUCAGUGUACCGAGAUUCUGCGAGAAGAGGAAUCAUUCUCGACCAUUGAUUGGGAUGACGACGGGUUUUCCUGCUACGAUGUCGAAGAAGGUGAUGCUAGCAACGGCAGUUCGGCCUAUGACGAGGCCUCAAAUCGACCUCAACAAUCAGAGUCAAGGACAAAGAAGCGACCGGCCGAAGAACAAGGUGGAGACGAUGGCCAUGACGAGAUUGACCAAAAUCAUGAUCAAAACCGAGAGCCAACAAGAACAGGAAGCAGUAAGAGACGGCGCAUCGGGUGUCCAGAGGGUUACAGCUGCCCCUUCAGAAAACGCAACCCUUGUAGAUUCAACGCUCGGGAUUUCGAUCCCUGUGCUAAUAGGUCCUAUAAGGAUAUGACGGAAUUGAAGAGACAUAUUAGUGCGGAGCAUGGGAACCAGUCUUGUACUUACUGUGGGCAACCACGAAGGGGCGGAGAUCACCCACCUGAAGCUUGCCUUCGCAACCGGCAGUCGAACCCAAAUACCGGCCCAAAAAACCCAGAAGAUGGCGUGGACAGCUCCAAAGAUAAGGUUCUCAGAAGCCGCACUGCCGGCUGCAAAAUCCAAACUUGGCGUCAAUUGUGGAAUCUACUUUUCCCUGACGAUGAAGAGAUACCCUCCCAAACUUUCGAUCCUGUGAUUGAGCACCACGAUAUAGCUGUUGAGGGAUGCAAGAAAUUUGUCUUGAAGACUGUCGAAGACAUCAUGCAUUUUAUACACCGAAGUCCUUUUCUUUCAGCACAGGCCCUCGAAGAGAUCGUGCACAAAAGGACCAAGGACCUUCUCCAAGGAUCCAAGUAUGCUGACUAUGAACGUUACGAGAUGGAGGAAAGUAGACAUAUAGUCCAGAUUCCAGCACCCACGAAGGGCAAGUCUACUGCUCCGGUAAUGCACAACCAAGUUGACUCCGUAGUGGAUGAUGUUGAGUCGCCAGUUGUUAUCGUCACGCCACAACCUUCGCCACAGGGCGCGAAUACAAUACCAAAUGGAACAUCAGCCGGCCUAACGUCUUCUUCUUCAAUCAUCCGUGAACGACCAAUUGCACCUCAAAUGGAGCCAGUUCCUGCACCAAAGGUAUCCCAGAAGGUUAGUCGCUGCCAAACCCCAUUCUCCAUUAACUAACAUGUCCAGGCUUGCCUAGCACCUGGUGCGUUCAUGCAAAUUGGGUCUCCCGUUUCCUCGGGAGGUCAUCAAGCUCUCAGUAUCCUGGAUCUGCAUGCUGGAGAUACUACCAACUGGUCAGACAUGGACCUGCUGGAUCUCCAAGGGUAUGCUGGUGACGAUUUCAUAGAUGUGGGAGGUGUAAACGCCGAAGACUUCUGGACGUCCUGCAUGAAACCAGAUCCAGGGCCGAGUUUUCAGCAAUUUGGCGGUCCGGGGAAUGGCAGCUAAACUAGGCCUAGUGUUCAUUUAUAAUUCUAUCUUUCGACUAGCUAGUCGUAGGGAGUACAUCUCAAUGCUUUCAUGUUCACGUUCA